UUAUCCGCAACCUGGCUAAGACCAGAAAUGACCCGAGUUUCAUGUUUGGCACCACGAGGAUUUCCAGUCCAGAUCUCCCAAAAAUGGAAAGAGCAAUGGCAAAACGAGGAACAGCGAGAGUGCCAAUUUCUGUACACAAGACUGAGGUCUCUCCUACGACAUUUGCAAACUCCGUCCAGACAACCACCAGAAAAAAAAGAUAGAGGAUCCACAGAAGCAAUGCCCAUUGCAUGAUAAACCUCACUCCCUCCAGAAAUGCCAUGAGUUCAGGAGGAAGCCAUUGGAAGAGCGGAAGAACAUUCUGAAAGAAUUUGGAGUGUGCUUCAAAUGCUGUGCUUCUACAAACCACCUUGCAAGGAAUUGCAAGGUAGAUAUCAAGCCAGAGGAAUGUGGCAGUGACAAACACGCAACUGUUCUGCAUACAUUUUACUACAAACCCAGUGGCAGUAAGGCUUCCGAUCCCGAAGCAGAGCACGGCGGGGAGCAAGGCGAGACCGCCGCACUCACUUCGUCAAUCACAACCAAAUGCACAGAAGUCUGUGGAGAAGGCUUCAAAGGAAGAUCUUGCUCAGAGAUAUGCCUCGUCCGAGUGUAUCCCAAAGGACAUCCUGAAAGGGCAGUAAGGAUGUAUGCCAUAAUGGACGACCAGAGCAACAAGUCUUUGGCAAGGUCAGAGUUCUUUGAUCAGCUAAGCAUAGGUGGGAAUUCCUUUCCAUACACGCUCAGAACAUGCUCAGGACUGAUGGAGACAGCAGGAAGAAGAGCGGGCGGCCUCAUGGUGGAAACCAUGGAUAGCACCAUGAAGCUAGCCCUUCCUACGGUGACAGAGUGCAAUGAGAUACUGGACGACAGGAGUGAGAUUCCCACACCCGAAGUCGCACGUCACCACCCACACCUGAAACCCAUAGCAGAGUUCAUCCCGCCAUUGGAUCACGCGGCACAGAUUUUACUUCUGCUUGGCAGGGACAUGCUGAGAGUCCACAAGGUUCGUGAUCAACGCAACGGACCUCAUGACGCUCCCUACGCCCAGAGACUCGACCUAGGAUAGGUCAUUGUAGGUGAUGUCUGUCUCGAUGGAACACACAAACCAGACCACAUAAGCACAUUCAGAAUUAGUGUGCUCACGAAUGGACGCACGUCGCUCUUCAAACCGUGCCCCUACCACUUCACGCUGAAAGAGAAAUUCGACGAUAGAAGUCAAGGCUGUACCAUGCAGGCCGACGAAGAAACCUCUAUGCUGAAAGAUGAUGUUGGACAUACGGUGUUCGUGACAACGAAGGACGAAGACAAACCUGCUCCAUCGCUAGAGGAUAAAGAAUUCUUGAAAAUAAUAGACAGAGUUCUUCCAAGAUGAGUCAAACAGUUGUGUUGCCCCUCUGCCAUUUCGUAAUCCCAGAUGCCGGCUACCCAACAAUAGAGAGCAAGCCCUCUCACGGCUCAACUCAUUGCGCCGCACCUUGGACAAGAGACCAGAGAUGAAGAAUCAUUUUGUGUCCUUCAUGAAAAACAUAUUUGACAGUGGUCACGCUGAAGCGGCCCCUCCUCUAGAAGAAGGACAGGAAUGCUGGUACUUACCAAUCUUUGGCGUGUAUCAUCCAAAGAAGCCGGAUCAGAUCAGAGUGGUGUUCGAUUCCAGUGCUCAAUUUAAGGGCAUUUCCUUGAAUAACGUAAUGCUCACCGGACCAGACUUGACCAACAGUCUCCUAGGAUUACUCACCCAUUUCAGAAAGGAGUCAAUCGCUGUAACAGCCGACAUUCAACAAAUGUUCCACUGCUUCAUUGUUCGAGAAGAUGACAGAAAUUACCUCAGGUUUCUGUGGUACCGCAAUAACAAUGUCGAUGAUCGAAUUGUUGAAUACAGAAUGAAGGUGCAUGUCUUCGGCAACAGCCCAUCCCCAGCGGUAGCCACCUAUGGACUUAGGAGGACCGCGCAGGCAGGAGAAGGGGAGUUUGGGGAAGACGCCAAGCGAUUUGUAGAGCGAGAUUUCUACGUUGACGACGCACUUAAAUCAAUGCCCACGGCCUCAGAAGCCAUCGAUCUGCUCCAAAGGACGCAAGGAAUGUUAGCAAAUGCUAACCUGAGACUUCACAAGAUAGCAUCCAGCAGCGCAGAAGGGAUCCAGCAUGUUGGGUUCAUAUUGGGCAAGGCCAAAUUGGCCCCACAACCGGAACAUACCAUCCCAAGGCUCGAGCUGUGUGGAGCCGUUCUAGCUACAGAAGUGGCGGAACUGAUCUUAGACGAAUUGGACGUCAAACUGGACGCAGUCAAGUUCUACACGGACAGUAAGGUCGUACUAGGCUACAUUAACAACCAAACCAAAAGGUUCUACACCUACAUCAGCAAUAGAGUGGAACGCAUCAGGAGAUCGACGCAGGCGGAGCAAUGGAAUUAUGUUCCAACUGACCAGAAUCCAGCAGAUCUCGCAACUAGGUCCGUCCCUGCAUCUCUGCUGAAGCAAACCAUCUGGCUGACGGGUCCAGCGUUCCUCUUACGACGUGAUGGUGGCCCAUGUACUACGAAAGAGACCUUUGGACUCAUAGAGCCCGAGUCCGACAAGGAGUGACAACUUUCGUAACAGAUGUGCGACCGAGAAGUCCACUGAGUCCACACCAUUUUGAACAUUUCUCGAAAUGGACGACGCUCGUGCGAGCGAUAGCACGUCUAACGCAUAUCGCAGACUGCUUCCAUCGCCCGAUGAGAGGCACCACUGGUAGCUGCAAUGGAUGGCAUCACUGCACAGUGCCACGCACUGAAGAUGAGCUUUCCAGAGCAAGGAAAUCAAUCUUCCGCUGUGUGCAACAGGCAGCUUAUGCAAGUGAGAUCAGAUCCAUCAACAAGGGAGAAGACCUUCCUAGGGUCAGCACCCUCAGGAAGCUAAACCCUAGGAUGGACGAAGACGGCUUGCUCAGGAUCGGUGGUCGGCUAGGGAAUGCAAAAUUAGAUGAGAACGAACGGAACCCCCUCAUAAUCCCAAGUCAGAGCCACAUUGCAAUUUUACUUGUGCGCCACUAUCACGAGAAGGUCAAGCACCAAGGUCGGCAUUUCACAGAAGGAGCAAUCCGAUCUGCAGGGCUGUGGAUCGUUGGAGCAAAGAGGUGCGUCGCCAGCAUAAUCCACAAGUGUAUCAGGUGUCGCAAGCUACAUGGAAAACAGGAAGAACAGAAAAUGGCAGACCUCCCAGCCGAUUGACUCAGUGUAGAACCUCCCUUCACCUCUGUAGGGAUCGAAGUGUUCGGACCAUGGACAGUCAUCUCCCGCCGCACCAGAGGAGGGCUCGCGAGCAGCAAACGUUGGGCAGUGCUGUUCACCUGCAUGAGUACACGAGCAGUGCACAUCGAAGUCAUCGAGUCCAUGGACUCUUCGAGCUUUAUAAAUGCACUCCGGAGAUUCUUCGCCAUCAGAGGGCCAGCCAAGCAACUCCGUUCUGAUUGUGGAACCAAUUUCACUGGAGCAUGUAAAGAGCUUAAGAUCAGUACAGAGAAUGUCGAAGAUGAUUCU